GUUCUACUGAGCAAUGGCUGGGAUGUGGGCAAACCAGGGCGAGCACGCAGGCUAUGCGCAGCAGCCAAACUGGAACCAAUGGUGGGACGUGGGCAAGUCAUGGGAUCCAAACAUGGAAGGCUACAUGUGGCAGGCGCACCCCGAGUGGUACCAUCAGCAGUGGAGCCAGUGGCAGCACCGAGCACCUCCUGGCCUUUCGUCUGAGGAGCUAGGCCAGAGCGAGGAGGAUUUCAAUACGACCAUUGCAGCUCAAAAGGACACUCCAGAUCCAGUGGCUCUGAGCCUUCUGGCACACUUGAAGCAAGACGUUCCGGAAAAGGUUGAAGAUGAGGAUGAUGACAAAGCAUUGAAAGGGCACAUCGAGUCUGCUGUAGCAUCUUUCUUGGCAGGCGGUGAUCUCGAAGACAGUGACGAGGAAGAAGCACCGAGGGAAGAGACGACGAUAACUGCAGAACCACCAGAAGCACAACUGUCUGCAGACGCAGGUGUAUUUGUGCCCAUGGCAAUCAACAUCCCUGCAAAGCAUGCAAGCCAGGAAACUUCAGGCCCAAAGUGCGAAUACUUGAUCUCUACCUUAAAGCGGGUCGGCCUGAAGUUUGAUUUGGAUGACGUGCCGACAGAGAAACACGUCAACAACUAUCUUGAGUACAUCAAAAAGCAGCCGUUGCCGCCAAAGCUUUGUGAAGACGAGGAGUUGUGGGAGCUUUUCCAUCAGGAGAUUCGCGCAGCCAUUGCAAGUUCAUACUUCAAUCGCAUUUGUCCAAGACUUCCGGAGGUCCAGCGGGCAUUCACAGAGCAUUUGCCAGAAGGAAAAACAGAAGAGCUUCGAGCGGACUUGAUCCAGACGAUGUGUGCCCAAAAGACUCCAGGAACGUACCAUAUUCUUCCGCCAGAUGGCAAGGGCUCACAACCGAUUAUAUUUUUGGCCCAGACACCAUCAGACUUCAUCAGCUUCCUCGACCCAGCGCAAUCCAAAGGUGAUGAGGUGCCGGAUGCUGAUUGGAAUGUUUUUGAUGAGGCUUGCAAAGAAGAUGGUUUCAAAUUGCCGCACAGUCUUCGUCUGGCUGCUGUUCAGAUCCGCAACACAGUAAAGCACUUCCGGCAGACACCACUUGCGCAGGUCGAACUUUUGGUUCACUCUGCUAUCCGCCAAGCCAAGCUGGCUCCAUGGGACGACCAUUGGCGACCCAAGCACGUCGUAGAGGACCUGACUUUCAAUCAAAAAGAGCGCAUUGCAGGAAUGACAGCACAUCAGCAGAAAGACAAGAGGUGGCAGUACCAGAGCAGGCAUUGGCGAGCUGGUGAUAGAUCUGAUAGAUGGGAUUCCUCAAACUCAUGGGGAAAAUGGGAGGACCAGGAUUGGCAGGAGCCAGAGCCAGAAUUCGAUGCGCAGCAAACGCAGUGGCCUAGUUUGGGUGAAGCAGUGGGCAAGCCUGUCCAGAGGUCAGGGUGGUUGGUCCGGCCAAGGGGCCAAACAGUUUGGCACGAUGAAACUUCAAGCCUCCGCAGCUUCAGCAGCAGUGGUCAAAGAGUUUCUGUAGCAGAAGAAGCCGAAGUUCCUGAGGAGUUGACCAACAAGAUCCUUCAGAUGAUGAUC